AUGACGGAGAUCGUCUCGACCACUCGUAAGGACCGUGUUCGCCUCGUCGUGCUACUCCAUCCCAAGGAUGGUGUCCCUUUCGAGCAGUUCGAUAGACAUUGGAUCGAGACGCACGGACCUCUUUUCCGUUCCAUCGAGAUUGCGAAGAAGAACCUGCUCAAGUACGAACAAAUGCAUUUCAAUGUCAUCCAGAAUGAAGCCAUCGCGAAGAUGGGACUGCCCUCCGUUCCUUACUAUGGCAUGGCGAUCUUCGAAGCAGAAUCGUACGAGAAGAUCUUCCAGGUGUUCAUCAACCAGGAGUAUUCAGAAGUUAUAGUGCCCGACGAGGAGAAGUUUUUCGAUCGCACCAAGUCUCUGAUGAUCGCUGGAGAUCUUGCAACUUUCCUUGACCAAGUGCCUGCAUGA